AAUGCUCCACAACCUUCUGUGUCGACUGUACUCUUGUGUUUAAACAAGACGUGGACGAUGUCAUAAUUAAUAAAGUCGCCGAGGCUUUGAUUCGACUCCAUGACAAAGUUUUAGAUUCGUUCGACAGCAUGGCGCUACAGGGGACAAUAUCCCUCUAUCGAAACACCCAGGACAGGCAAUCAGGGAUAAGUGCGAUUAACUGGUGCGAUGUCAUCAACAAGCUGAGCCUGGGCUCUCGCAUGUGUAGCUCUGGGGACUACUGUCUCACUGUGGGGCAAGACUUUGCCUUAACUUGUACACAGAGCAGCAGCACGUCAGCCAUCACUACAGCAUCGGAAAGUACAACCUUCUCAAGCACACCCAUCCAAGCGUCGAGCACUGUCUCUCCCGCUUCUAGUAGUGAAAGCACAGAUUACACAUCUUCACGCACCAUUAGUUCUUUCACUGAUUACACAUCAAACAAUGAUGUUUUAAACUCUACUAGCUCGUACCCAGAAGAUAAUACAUCAAGAAGUUAUACAACAGAUUCUGCCUCUUCAGUUUCAAGUAGUUCACCCCCAAACUAUUCAACGGAUUCUACUUCUUCAGCUGACAGUACUUCAUCCCCAAACUAUUCUUCAGAUUCUUCUUCUUCAUCUUACAGUACUUCAUCCCCAGAAUACUCUACUGAUUCUACUUCUUCAGCUGACAGUACUUCAUCCCCAAACUAUUCUUCAGAUUCUUCUUCAUCUUACAGUACUUCAUCCCCAAACUAUUCUUCAGAUUCUUCUUCAUCUUACAGUACUUUAUCCCCAGAAUACUCUACUGAUUCUACUUCUUCAGCUGACAGUACUUCAUCCCCAAACUAUUCUUCAGAUUCUUCUUCUUCAUCUUACAGUACUUCAUCCCCAGAAUACUCUACUGAUUCUACUUCUUCAGCUGACAGUACUUCAUCCCCAAACUAUUCUUCAGAUUCUUCUUCUUCGUCUUACAGUACUUCAUCCCCAGAAUACUCUACUGAUUCUACUUCUUCAGCUGACAGUACUUCAUCCCCAAACUAUUCUUCAGAUUCUUCUUCAUCUUACAGUACUUUAUCCCCAGAAUACUCUACUGAUUCUACUUCUUCAACGUACAGUACUUCAUCCCCAAACUAUUCUUCAGAUUCUUCUUCUUCAUCUUACAGUACUUCAUCACCAGAAUACUCUACUGAUUCUACAUCUUCAACGUACAGUACUUCAUCCCCAAACUAUUCUUCAGAUUCUUCUUCUUCGUCUUACAGUACUUCAUCACCAGAAUACUCUACUGAUUCUACUUCUUCAGCUGACAGUACUUCAUCCCCAAACUAUUCUUCAGAUUCUUCUUCAUCUUACAGUACUUUAUCCCCAGAAUACUCUACUGAUUCUACUUCUUCAACGUACAGUACUUCAUCCCCAAACUAUUCUUCAGAUUCUUCUUCAUCUUACAGUACUUUAUCCCCAGAAUACUCUACUGAUUCUACUUCUUCAACGUACAGUACUUCAUCCCCAAACUAUUCUUCAGAUUCUUCUUCUUCGUCUUACAGUACUUCAUCCCCAGAAUACUCUACUGAUUCUACCUCUUCAGCAUACAGUACUUCAUCCCCAAACUAUUCUUCAGAUUCUUCUUCUUCAUCUUACAGUACUUUAUCCCCAGACUACUCUUCUGAUUCUACCUCUUCAGCAUACAGUACCUCAUCUCAAGACUACUCUUCUGAUUCUACCUCUUCAGCUUACAGCACUUCAUCUCAUGACUACUCUUCUGAUUCUACCUCUUCAGCUUACAGCACUUCAUCUCAUGACUACUCUUCUGAUUCUACCUCUUCAGCUUAUAGUGCCUCAUCCCCAGACUACUCUUCUGAUUCUACCUCUUCAGCUUUCAGUACUUCAUCCCCAGACUAUUCGACAGAGCCUUAUUCUACCGAAACUACCAAUUCCCCUUUAAGUAAUUCAUCUUCGGACUAUACGAUUCAAGAUAGUUCAAUUUCUAGCGAAACUUCUUAUUCACAGUCUAGUACACCUAUUUCUACAACAAGUACAUCAACUACAUCUAUAAUCUCAGAUGCUUCACGGAAACAGAGAGAUUUGUACCCCUACGGUACAAGUGUUGGUGAUUCCUAUGUCAAGACAAGGGGCAAUGAGUAUUUUUACUAUUGGUAUGAUGCUAUCAGUGAACCAAUUAAUUUCCCCACUGGUGUUCCCUUUGGAUCUCAGAUGGUCAAAGUUGCACAUGUUCUUCCCAAUGGUGCCAUCACAUUUGGAAAACAAGCGCGAGUCUGGUGGCCAGAUUUAGCAUACACUGUAUCCAUAGAGGCCAAUGUCCUGGCUCCAUUUUGGUCCUACACUAAUCCAUAUAGCACUGGAACAGUUUAUUAUCAGCUGUACGACAAAGCCAACAGUUCAUCAGCGAGUGUCGUUUCUCGAGCUACAGAUGAGGUCAGAGAGCAGUACAAACUAAACAAGUUUAAUGCUACAUGGGUCCUUGUAGCUACUUGGGAGAAUGUAGAGCCUGAGUCAUGGUAUUACUGGUUAUGUGAUUACUAUCAGUAUUGGAAGGAUUAUACUUGGUGGGGGGAAUAUUAUGCGGAAUAUUAUAACAGAUAUUGCUUAAACAAGAUGAUAGAAACCAACACUUUCCAAGCAGUUUACAUCACAGAUGGACAGACAGCUUAUGCCAUUGUUACCUAUAAACAAGGCGCUAUGAAAUGGCUCUAUGACAGGUGGAGAAAUAUUCAAGUUGGCUAUGCACAUAGAGAUGAUUACAUGGACCUAGGAGUUUCCUAUACAGAUCUGACCACUAAAAUGGAUGUAACAAUCUGGAAUUCUGGUCGAUAUGGGACUUGGAUUGAAAAGGUUGGCGAAUCUAAAAACCCCACUAGUCUGUGCAAUAAUUUCUACCAGGAAAACAAACAUCUUCUUACUGACAAACAGCAUAAAGAAAAAGUUGAUGACUUAUUUGAAUGUCCUUGCACAGUUGGCAAUCUUGGUGCACAGUGGUGGGGCUAUUCAUGGACUCCAAUAACUGAAGAACCAAGUUGGUCUUACAUUUAUUGUGUCGCCAUCAGCCCCAUGGCAAAAUCAAGAGUUGCCAGAUUACAAGGAAAUACACUUAACAAGUUGUGUUGUUACGAGUAUACCUCUCCAGACUUUAGUCAAUACUGGUCUUGGGAAGAGUGGUUGAAUUCAUGGAGGAAUUCUCCCUACAUUGCUUACCGAGAUGUCAAUGCUGGUCAUCUUCUGCUUAAUGACCCCUGGUGGUGGUGGGUAGGUGGUGAUGUCCGCAAGUCCAGAGAGGAAGACUUUAACCCACACAGUUGGUGCUGUGAAGAGAGUAGCUCCCCUUCCAAAUACUGCAGCCUGUUCAAUAAAGUCAGGCCUGACUAUGGAUGUUCCCUGGAGCCUGAAUUUAUAUCUGGCAUAGCACUUGGUGAUCCCCACAUCAAGACAUUGGAUGGACUUGAAUAUGGCCUAAAUUAUCUGGGAGAAAAGAUUUUGCUCUACAUUGAAAAACAGAAGUUUAUGCUGCAAGCCAGAACUAAGCAGGUGGUCAACAGUAAAGGAGUAAAAACCAACGCCACCAUUUUUGUUGCUUUUGCCGCUAAAGAAGGAAAUUAUUCCUCAUUUCAAGUAGAACUGGAUGCCCAGGAAACAGGAAUGAUUAUAAUGGCCAACGGGCAUGAUUGUACCCAAAAUUUUUACAAGAUCAAAGACUACAACGAGACAUUUGAUAACAACAGUAUCAGUGUCAAGAGGCUGGACAAAGAAAACAAAACUAAUCUGGUCGUUAGUUUCCCAUCAACUAUUUCACUGAAUUUCUUUGUUGGUGUAAAAAAUCUGGAGAUCUCUGUAGACAUUCCAAAAAGCUACAAAGGCAACACUACUGGACUAAUGGGAAACUUCAAUGGAGACCCCCAUGAUGAUUUCAAACUUCAGAAUGGAACUAUUCUAAGUCCUAACAGCACAGAGAAAGUUAUUUAUGAAACUUUUGGCAGAGAGUGGGAUGUUACUACUAGUAACACUGUCUUCACUUAUCCUAAUGGUGAAACAGCUCUCGACUACCAAUUCCCAGAGUUCCAACCUCUGUUUAAAGAAGACAUUGACCCUGCUAUAUUCAAAGAAGCUCAGUCCAAAUGUGGGAACAAUACGAACUAUGCCUGUAUCUACGACUUUGUGCUGACUGGAAAUGAACAAUUUGCUUUCAAAACCAGGGAUUCCAUUGAUGCGGCUGUUCUUGUUCAGAAAACUCAAAACAACAAUAAUCCUGUGUUAACUAUAGUCAACAAUCAACUGAAUAGCCAUCAACAAUGGGAAGUAACCCAUGGCAUUCCAUCCACCUUCAGUUUUAAUGCCAAGGAUUUGGAUCAAGAUGACACCAUCACUUUCAUACUGAAAGGUGUCACUAAUCCCAAGGUCACCAUUGAUUCUAAAACUGGGGCACUGACGUACACACCUGACAUUAAAACACCAUUAUCAAUUGGUGUGCAAGCUCAAGAUUCUAAUGGAGGACUAUCCAACAUCUUGUAUCUCGACAUAGUUGUCUGCCCCGAUUGUAGUGGCCAUGGAGUUUGUGAUAGAAGCAAAACACAAGAAGAAGAAAAAGAAAAUGGAAGAUUUUUGCUAAAUGUUUGUACAUGUUGGCCAGCAUACACGGGCAGCAACUGUGAAGAAGAUUAUGAUGCAUGCAAUGAGCAUCCAUGUCUUCCAGAUCAGAAAUGUGUUGAUAGAAACCCAGCAGAACAAGGGAAUAGUACCAUUGGUUAUAUUUGUGGAGAGUGUCCUGAUGGAUUUGAAGAAAGAAAUAACCAUUGUGUGGAUAAAAAUGAGUGCAUUACAAAUGGCUCUGCACGGAUUUGCCCAGACAAUUCUGACUGCGAGAACAAUGUUGGCUCUUACACCUGUACUUGUAGGCCUGGUUACAGACUUGAUGCAGAAAAUACUUCUCAUUGUAAAGAUGUGGAUGAGUGUGCGGAGAAAACCCACAACUGUCAACAAGUGUGUGAAAACAAAGAAGGUGGCUUUACUUGCUCCUGUUUACCUGGCAAUGUAUUAGCAGCUGAUAACAAGACUUGCCAGAUAGAUACUAGAAACGCAGAAAUAUGCAAUGCCAAGAGAUGCAGUCAAGUGUGUAGUGUCGUUAAUGGAACUACCUCCUGUGGCUGUAAAUCUGGCUAUGCAAGUAGUAGUGAAACCCUUUGCACAGACAUUAAUGAGUGUACUCUAGUCAACAAACCCUGCAGUCAGUCUUGUCAAAAUCUAGAGGGUGGCUUCCUUUGCUCAUGCUAUCCUGGAUAUUACCUAGAUGAUGACAGAGUUUCUUGUGUCAAGUGCGACCAGCCAUAUUAUGGUCACAACUGUUCAAAUAUAUGUGUGUGUAACGGCCGUGGCUCUUGUAACAACAUCAGAGGCUGUGAGUGUAAUAUUGGCUGGAAGGGAGACCACUGUAAUGAGGAUGUUGAUGAGUGCGCCACUGAUGGAGCUUGUUCCAUUGGUCAGAUCUGUUCAAACACAUUGGGCUCAUUUAAAUGUGAAUGUCCUGCUGGUUUUGAUAAUAUUUCUGGGCAGUGUCAAGACGUCAACGAGUGCCUUGAUGUGCUAGACAACAAAUGUGACCUGUCUACUGAAGAUUGCAUUAACAACAAGGGCAGCUACUCCUGUGAGUGUAGGCCUGGCUACUCCAGAAAUAAAAAUAACGUCUGCAGAGAUAUUGAUGAAUGUGCCACAUCAAGUCACAACUGUGAACAGAUUUGUGAAAAUACUGAAGGAAAGUUCAACUGUAAAUGCUACUAUGGUUUCACACUUGACACUGAUAGAGCCAACUGUGUAAAAAAAGAUGUAGAUGUGUGUGUAGGGUCAAAUUUAAAUUGCAGUGACAUCUGUACUGUAGACCUGGUCACCAACACAUCUCAUUGCUCAUGUAACAGUGGCUUUAGUCUUCAAGGCAGUAACACAUGUGUGGAUAUCAAUGAGUGUGACUAUAACUCUCUGAACCUGUGUGGAGAGAAAGAGAAAUGUGUGAACAGUGUUGGUGGAUUCACCUGUUCAUGUUCACCUGGGUUCAAACUGGACAAUGACCAAAGAACAUGUCUGGCCUGUGGUGAAGGUAAAUGGGGACUGGAAUGUUCCAAUGACUGUGCCUGUAGCACUGGAGCUGACAGAUGUGACCCUCAGAAGGGAUGUAUUUGUAAACCUGGAUUUACUGGUACACACUGUGAGAAAGACCUGGAUGAAUGUACAACUGGACUGUUGAUCUGUGGUAAGGGAGAGAAGUGUGUCAAUACAUAUGGCAGUGCCAGUUGUCAGUGUCUAGAUGGAUAUACUCAAGUUUCUGGACAAUGUAAAGAUAUUGAUGAAUGUUCCAGUUUACUUAGCAACAAGUGUGACCAGGUAUGUCAGAACUAUGUUGGAGGCUACACCUGCUCAUGUCAUACAGGUUACAAGUUUGAACCAGUCAAUAAAACCUGCUUAGACAUAGACGAGUGUCUUCUAAACAUUGAUGGCUGUGAACAAAGUUGUGAGAAUACCAAUGGAGGCUAUCAUUGCUUAUGUCUCAAUGGGUUAAAGUUGAAUGUAGAUGGAGUCACUUGUUCUGUCACAAAAGAAUGUUCAACCAAAGUCUGCUCUGACAAGUGUGCUGUUGUCAAUAAUGUUGAGACUUGUCUGUGUCCCAUUGGAAAAAUUCUAGAUUCUGAUAAUACUCAUUGUAUAGACAUUGACUUGUGUAAAAAUAACCCUUGUUCUGAUACUUGCGCUGAGACUCCAGAUGGAACUCGUAUAACAUGUGGUUGUCCAACUGGCAAGAAGUUGGCUUUGGAUGGAAUCACUUGUCAGAGCUGUACAGAAGGAACUUAUGGAGACAGCUGUUCAAAGACAUGUUCCUGUACUUCUGCUAAUACCAUUUCCUGUGACAAGGUGACUGGUCAGUGUAGCUGCAAGCCUGGCUGGACUGGAAGCUCCUGUAGUGAUGACCUUAAUGAAUGCUUGACCACAACUUCCUGUCAAGCCAAUGCUCACUGUGUCAAUACACCUGGCAGCUAUGUCUGUAAAUGUGAUCUAGGCUUCUAUCUCAACAAUGGAAAAUGUCAAGCUUGUACAGUUGGGACUUUUGGUGAAGAAUGCAAGAACCAGUGUCAAUGUGACAUGUCACACAGUACAUGCAGUGUAACAACAGGAGGGUGUGAUUGUCAUUCUGGAUGGACUGGAGCACUAUGUGACAAAGAUCUCAAUGAAUGUGACUUCAGCAACCAGUGUACUUCAGCCAACAAACUACAUUGGGUUUGUAAAAAUACUCCAGGGUCCUACAAGUGUGAUUGUGAUGCAGGCUAUGAAAAUAAAAAUGGUGAAUGUGUUGAUCUUGAUGAAUGUGCAACUGGCUACACAAAUGAAUGUGAUGGAAACUGUACCAACACUGCUGGUAGUUACACAUGCUCCUGUAGCACUGGUUAUAAACUAGCCACAGACGGACAUACAUGCGAGGAUAAAGAUGAAUGUCUCCAAGGUAACGGUGGCUGUCAACAAAAGUGUAUCAAUGAAGUUGGAAACUUUUCCUGUUCCUGUAACUCUGGAUACUCUGUGGAUGUGGAUAGAACGAAAUGUUACAAAUCAUCUGGCUAUGGAUUUAAAAUUCGAAUUUUCAAGAAUGUGGAGGGUCUCAAUUUACGAGAGAAACUUGGAAAGGAUUAUCUAACUUUAAAGAAAUUGCUGGAACUUAUUAUACAAGCUAGAAUCCAAGAGAAAGUGUUAGGAUUGAGACAUGUCAUUAUCAACAAUUUGAACCACGGCAGCAUAAUUGUAGACUUUACCACAGUGGUAGACACAACAGUAACCACAUAUGCUGCCAGCAAGAUGGUGGAGGCAAUCUUGAACAUAGGGGAGACAGGAAUUACUAUCGAUGGUGUAUUGUAUAAUGCUACAGUUAUUGUUGGCAAUAUUCAAGUUCCCCCAGUGCAGGACAAAUGUGAAAUAUUGAAUGCUCUUGAGGCUUGUGACACAGACACUGCUUGUGACCUCAACAGUGAUGGAGAGGCUUACUGCAAAAACAAGGAAGAUGAUUUAAACAUUCCACUAGUUGUUGGACUCUCUGUUGGUCUUCCACUGGCCAUUGCCUGCAUUAUAACUGUUGUCUGCUGUAUCUGGUAUAAGAAAAAGUAUAAUACCCAAAGAAAAGUAUGUGAGAGAGAGUCCACGUACAACAACGCCAGACCAACAACUCCCUCAACCCCUGAAGAAAGACCACCAAGUGCCCCAAUAUUGAUUGCCUGGUCAGAGAAAGAUAAACUAGUUUCUUAAGCAAUACAUUGUUAAUAUCUAGAAAUUUUCUUGUUGAAUGUUUUUUUCAAAGUUACUGUGAUAAUUGUUGCCAAUAUGUAAACAGUUGUUUUUUUUACAUACAUGACAAACUCUUUUUGAUUGAUUUCUUAAUUUUUAUUUCGUUUUUUAACCAUUAGCCUUCAUACAAUGUUUAAGAAAUAUUUGGACACUGGUUAUUAAAAAAAAAUAUUGUGAUAUUAAAAGAGUUUAAUAGAAUGCAAACAAUUUUUAUUUGUUUCUUUAUCAUUCUGAAUUAUUUUUAUAUAUUCUUUUUAAAUGUCUUACUUUUUAUUUUAUUAAUGCAUACAUUUUUGUGUAGACUUUAUAAAAUUUUUUUUUUAGAAUCUUUAUUGAAAUAUGUGUAAUUGAAGGUAUUUAGUUUCAAGUGAAUUGUGACUAUUUGAUCUUUCUACUGUUGUGUAGAAUACUUGUGUCAAUUACCAGUAUGAUUUCAUUUAAGAUAAAAAAAAUUUUUAACUAAUUUUGGGAUGUACACAACUUGAUUUAAAUAAACAACAUUUGACAAUGUAGGUAAUUUAUUUGCAAGUCUUUUUGAUAAUUUGUAAUUAUCAAUUUUUUAAAAAAAGUUUGAGUUUGUUCAUGUGAAAAAUAAAAUGCUUUUAUAAACCUG